CGGAAGUUACUGGCCGGGUGCUGAGCGGGCGAUCUCCGCGCGGUCGUGAGGUGGUGGUGCCGAGUAGAGUCGGGGUGAGAGUACCCGGGAAGGAGCGUCCGGUCCGGGUGUAGGCCGCAUAGUCGUGUGCGCUGUGCGAACUGGGAGCCUGGUGACGAUGGCGGGCCCGCAGCCUCUGGCAUUGCAGUUGGAACAGUUGUUGAAUCCAAGACCGCGAGAGGCGGAUCCUGAGGUUGACCCGGAGGAAGCCACUGCUGCCAAAGUGAUUGACAGGUUUGAGGAAGGGGAAGAUGGGGAAGCUGAUUUGCUGGCAGUGGGUAGCAUUAGAAAACUGGCAUCAGCCUCCCUCCUGGACACAGACAAAAAGUAUUCUGGCAAGACUACAUCUAGAAAAGCUUGGAAGGAAGACCAUUGGGGGCAGACUCUGCCUGGUUCAUCUGAUGAGGAAAUAUCUGAUGAGGAAGCAUCUGGAGAUGGAGACUCAGAGGUCCUGAGUGUGGAAGAAUCUGAGGAUGAUGACCUGAGUGCUGCUGAGACCCAAGAUGCUGAGGAUGAUGAAGAGAACAGUCUGGCUCGGAGGAAGAAGAGCAAACACCACUCUGUAGAAACACCAGGCUUCAGUUUCCAGGGCAUCAGUGACUUUGAGAAAUUUACUGAGGGAAUGGAUGACCUUGGCGACAGUGGUGAUGAAGAUGAAGGGGAAGAGAGUGGCAUGGAAGAAGGGGAUGUUGAGGAAGACUUGGAGGGUGAGAGUGAGGAAGACAGAGCUGGAGACAGGAACAGUGAAGACGAUGGUGUGGUGAUGACCUUCUCCAGUGUCAAAGUUUCAGAAGAAGUGGAGAAAGGAAGAGCUGUGAAGAACCAGAUAGCACUGUGGGACCAGCUCUUGGAAGCAAGGAUCAAACUACAAAAAGCCCUGUUGACUACCAAUCAACUGCCUCAACCAGAUGUUUUCCCUGUUUUCAAGGACAAAGGUGGCCCAGAAUUUGCCAGCGCCCUAAAAAAUAGUCACAAGGCACUGAAAGCAUUGUUGAGGUCAUUGGUAGAUCUUCAGGAAGAGUUGCUUUUCCAGUACCCAGAUACUAGAUAUCUAGUAGAUGGGAUGAAGUCCAAAGCAGAAAGUGAGGAGAUUUCUAGUGAAGAUGAUGAGCUAGAAGAGAAGAAGCAGAGAAAGGCUCCACCAAAGCGGAAGCUGGAGAUGGAUGAUUAUCCUGGUUUCAUGGCAAAGCGCUUUUCUGAUUUUACAGUCUUCAGGAACCGCACACUGCAGAAAUGGCAUGAUAAAACCAAGCUGGCCUCUGGAAAACUUGGAAAGGGUUUUGGUGCCUUUGAACGCUCAAUCUUAACUCAGAUUGAUCAUAUUUUGAUGGACAAAGAAAGAUUACUUCGAAGAACCCAGACCAAGCGUUCCAGUUACCGAGUUCUUGGAAAACCUGAACCAGCUGCUCAACCUGUCCCAGAGACUUUGCCAGGAGAACCAGAGAUUCUUCCUCAAGUCCCUGCCAAUGCUCACCUGAAGGACUUAGAUGAAGAAAUAUUUGAUGACGAUGAUUUCUACCACCAGCUCCUUCGAGAACUCAUAGAACGGAAGACCAGCUCCUUGGAUCCCAAUGAUCAGGUGGCUAUGGGAAGGCAGUGGCUUGCAAUCCAGAAGCUGCGAAGCAAGAUCCGCAAGAAGGUAGAUAGGAAAGCCAGCAAAGGAAGGAAACUACGGUUUCAUGUCCUUAGCAAGCUUCUGAGCUUCAUGGCACCUAUUGACCAUACUACAAUGAAUGAUGAUGCCAGGACAGAGUUGUAUCGAUCUCUUUUUGGCCAGCUCAGCCUUCCUGACACAAGCCAUGGAGAUUGACAUCACCCGUCCCCUCUGCUGCUGGCCCUGGGGCUGGGCUCCCAGCACCUACCACCACCCCCUGCUUGGCAGUUUGUCCAGAUGGAGGCCACAUGACGCAGCAGGGCUGACUCCAAGAACAUCCCAGGAAAGGUGCUGUGUUCAGACCCUGAGCCAAACCACAGGGCAUGAGGCCCUGACCUUUAGCGUCACAAAUAAAGAGUAUUGUCACGUCACCA